AUGUACGAUGACAAUCCUCACAUGGUGUUAGGUGUAACGGCUGCAUCGGACAGGUCACUGGCCUUUUGGACCUGGGCUGAUGUCCCUCCAAUAGACCAGUAUGGCUUGAAGGGAGGUUCGGUAUGUCUGGCUGUUGCAGAACACCCUGAUCAACUCAAAGGAAUUACAUGGAAGUUCCGAAAGGAUGUAAUAGUGGAUGAUGAAGACAUAUCUCCUAAAUACAAGAAGAAGGUAGAUUCUAACCCAGUGAACCACACUCUGUGCAUUAAAAAUCUGACAGACACAGACAGUGGAAUUUACAUUGCAAAUGCAAAGAAAAACGAUUGGACAGAUUCAACGUCUUCAUACAAACUUAAGGUGUUGGAAGCUGUUCCCAUUCCAGCCAUGCAGGUGACAUACUACAACUCAAGUACAGGACUUUGUAACAUCACAGUGAAUUGUUCAGGCUGGAUGUUUUCUGUCUGUGAUGGAGGUCAGUGCCCACUGUACCAGGAUUCUCUGUCAGUCUCUGAGGUCAACAUCACUGUUUCCAGUGGUAAUGGAUUCAUCCAGUGUAUCGUCAACAAUCAUGUCAGCACAGAGACCAAAUCACAACGCAUGAAUGACAUAUGUAUUGUUGAGAAGAAGGGGAUCGCUGCAGCAUCACUAGUUGGCAUCAUUGUGGGCAUUGUUACUGGUGGAUUAUUCUUAGUUGGUGUAGGAUGCAUCAUAUCAACCAGAAGAUGGCGAUCCCCUAAAGAAAUACUGCUUCUGAAGGCCGUUGUUCCAGAAGUUGACAACCCAGUGAGCGCUAUACCAGGAAGACCAGAACCCCAGAACACCCCUGGAUCUGAGGUGACAUCUAUCUACAUUACUGCAGGGAGACCAGGAGCAGUACCAGCAUCAGCAGAAAGAGAAGAGGGGCAUCCAGGGGACAAGGAGUACACUUCACCAGAAGAGAGGAUAGAACCACAGUCCCCCCCACAGGCAGAGACAUUCUACAGCACCCUACAGAUACCAGCUGCAGCACAGCACCACCCAGUGGGCAAAGGAAAUCAUCUAAAGAAACCAGACACAGUGUACUGCACAAUAGGAUAUUACCCCUCCAUCCUUCUCGGAGACCCACGGAUGUUGCUUUGAUUAAGAUUGUACCCAUAGACUCAGGUACCGAAUGCAAACACAGGGGAAAUUAUGAAGGAGAGAAUCAUGAUAAUGGGUUUUUAACAUUUCCGUCUAAUUUCAUCCAUAUUUAAAGUGGCAAUCUGCAAUUCCUACGUACUUUUAAUUGAAUUGUAUAUAACUAUUAAUCCAUGCAGAAUACAACAUAUGCUUGUUUAAUUCCAUUGUUUGUUAAAACUGUAUUUGUAAAACAAUUGGUGGCAGGGUACCCGCGUUGUUAUUAUUUAGACUGCAGAUUUCCCCUUUAGCGAUAGAAAGUAUGUAAAACAGUCUUAUUUUCUGUAAACGAAAAUGGAGACAUGCAGAUGAAUACAGUAGCGCUAUACAUGCUUUAAAAAAGUGUUUAUACACAAAGCAGCGGUUUGAAAAUGGGAAACCCAUCCUUUCAAUCAAUCAAUCAAAUCGACCAAUCAAUAAAUAUAUACAUAAACCAAUCAUUCAAUGAAUAAAUAAAUCAAGCAACAACCUACCGACUCUGUAAUAAUGUUGUUAUUUUUCAUACAUACUGUAUGUCUAAUUAUUUUAUACGAUGUGAAUUCAUAUUUACAAAUAUAACUAUAAAAGGUAUCUGUCACAUCCAGCUGGUUAUGUGGAGGAACUACAGAUAUGUCAGUCAAUUCUGACUAAAAGCGUUUGUCCUGUGGACAAAAGCUCACAUAUCGGAUUGGCUGCAGUUCUGGAUUUUCUGUAAACCCGAUAAUCGUUUUUAAAAUGUAUUUAGAUGCUGCCUACUUCGCUGCCUACAGAGCUGCUGCUCAGCUGUCCACUGUCAUUAGCCUACAUCAUCACAUACA